AUGACAGGCUUUGGGUCUCCUUGUGGUGCCUGCAAGUUCUUGAGGAGGAAAUGUGGCAAUGGCUGUAUAUUUGCUCCUUAUUUCAGCCAUGAACAAGGAGCUACCCAUUUUUCAGCUAUUCACAAGGUUUUUGGUGCUAGUAAUGUCACCAAGCUCCUUAAUGAUCUCCCUGUUAUUGAUCGCUCUGAAGCUGCAAUCACAAUCUCAUAUGAAGCUCUGGCAAGACUUCAAGAUCCCAUCUAUGGUUGUGUCUCUCAAAUCUUUGCCCUCCAACAACAGGUUGUGAGUCUACAAGCACAACUUGAUUCUUUAAAGGAAUUACAAGCAACGAGAAAUUUGAUUAACGGUGUAAGCCCUAAUAAUGAAAGAUUAAGUGAGAAAUUCUCAUAUAAUUCACAAGAUGUUCAAGGAUGGCUUCAAUCAGAUAGCUCAAAUACAAUGAUGAUCCCACAAUUUGAUUCCAACAUAUCCGACAAUUUUGGGACGGAAGAGAUAAAUGAUGGAGUUAUUGUAAACAUAGCCAACAUGGGAAAUAAUAAUCAUGAUAGAAAUGAAACCUUUGGUGAAGAAAAUGUGAAUUCAUUUGGCAUAGAGUCCUUUGAUCAACAAUAUUGGUGUUUAGAAGAUCAUGUGGAUGAGCUUGAAUCUAUUGUUUUUGGUUAUCAUGUUCUUGGUGAUCAACCACAACAUUGA